GCAGCCUCCGUCCUAGAGCUGGGGCUUCUGGUCUCCUAGCAACAACUUGUGGCCACUGAGGAGGGUGCGCCAGGAUGGAGAUAUCAAUGCCCCUACCUCAGAUAUAUGUAGAAAAAACUCUGGCCAUUAUCAAACCAGAUAUUGUUGACAAAGAAGAGGAGAUACAAGAUAUUAUUCUCAGAUCUGGAUUCACCAUUGUUCAGAGAAGAAAACUUCACCUCAGCCCGGAACACUGUAGUAACUUUUAUGUGGAACAGUAUGGGAAAAUGUUUUUUCCCAAUUUAACAGCUUACAUGAGUUCUGGACCACUUGUUGCCAUGAUAUUAGCUAGACAUAAAGCCAUCUCUUACUGGAAAGAACUUUUGGGACCAAGUAAUAGCUUAAUAGCUAAGGAAACACAUCCAGACAGUCUAAGAGCAAUUUAUGGCACAGAUGAUCUAAGGAAUGCACUUCAUGGGAGUAAUGACUUUGCUACAGCAGAGAGAGAAAUUCGAUUCAUGUUUCCUGAAGUGAUAGUUGAGCCAAUUCCAGUUGGACAAGCUACUAAGGAUUAUCUGAAUUUAUAUGUAACACCAACUCUGCUUAAGGGACUCACAGAGCUUUGUAAGCAAAAACCAGAAGAUCCUUAUAUUUGGCUAGCUGAUUGGCUGCUGGAAAAUAAUCCCAACAAACCUAAACUUUGUCACCGCCCAGUUAUAGAAGAACCUUAUUAAAAUAAAGUCCUCUGAAGAACAGUUUACAAAUUAUCUUAUUAUAAAAGGAUGUGCUUCUAGUUUUUUUUAAAAAACUUAAUUCCUAAGAUAUAAGUAACUAUAUGUGAAGUAAAUUACUUU